AUACUAAUGUUCUAUAUAUUUUUUAGACUUGAUUUUUCCUUAAGAAACAUGUAUCAACUACAUAAAUGUUCAUUAAUCAUAAUCCACAUAAUAAUUCACAUUUCCCGUUGCUGCAGGAUUAUUUUGCUGCCGUAGCAAACUGUCUGAAAUUAAGUUCCUCUCCUAUAGCCGCUUUAAUGCCCUCCAAAGAGUUCAGCGGCAGCGGGUGCUGAGCGGUCACCUCGAUCGUUAUUCUUGGAUCACUGAUAAUCUGUGCACGUGCAGACAGAACUGCGUGUUAUGACAGACUAUCGAAUUCCAAAUAUACCCAAAUAUGCCAGUCUCGUUCUCCAGUUGGCUAUUAUGUCUUUGGAGGACUGUGGACACUAUCAUGUCACAAAUAAUGUUUAUAAGGCGGUUUUAAAUGAUGCAUAGCUAGUGGCUACAUUAUACAGUAGCCCAUGGCGGUUGGCAUCUCCAAAACCGGCAAACCCAUUCGAGCACCGCGCACCUGUAACCCACCGCACCGUGGGCAGAACCAGCUUGGCAUUGGCAAUUACAGCUAUUCACGUCGUUAAUUUAGCCAAUGUUAAUAUAUAUUUGUCAAAAAUGUACUUAUGUAAAUCAUUUCUUACGCCAAACAACAAACAAUUUAAGAGAACUAGGGCUAAACUUGUCACCAAACCUAGCCAAGCUCAUAAAGUUGAACAUUUAGGCCUAAAUAUUACAUUUCAUAAUGUGAAAUAUUUGAGGGAUUUACCUUGCAGUGGAUGACUCUACAACAAGUUGAGAUGAACAAACGACAAACAAGAACAUUCACUUAUCAAAACGCCUUAGAGUGGCCAGACACUUGAAAUACAGCCGGAUUAAACCAAAGAUGUCAGUAUAGGGGGAAUCCAGACAGAAUUAAAUAUACCAAACUAUAACAUUAAUAUAUGGGAUAUUUCUCGUCCAAAUACAUUUAUUACAAGCUAUUCAAAUUGUAAAGAGGAAUAAGAACACAUUUAUGCAUUUUAAGUUAGUGAGUGGACAAUCUGUCACCUCUUUUCUUCACAUAGUGGUGUGGUCCAAUGAUGGUUUAACUUCCCUUCAAUUACAUAUUAUAUAUUUGGUCAAGUCAUCACCUUUUACUGUCGUCACGCCUGUGCCUGCCAAGUGGUGUAACGAUUUUGGGAUAAUCACACAUCCACAGCAAGAUAUUGUUCGUCAACACUUGUGAAUUGAGAAAAUAUAAAUACAAUUUUAACAACAGAGAGAAUGGCUGCUCCCAAGAAAGGAGAUCUUUCAGCUGCUGAGCGAGAAAUAUUACAGGUUAUUGCUGCAGGCGAUGUGCAGGAGGUUGCACGGCUGCUGGGGUCCAAGGACGUCAGAGUCAACUGUCUGGAUGAGUAUGGAAUGACUCCCCUAAUGCACGCAGCAUACAAGGGCCAGGCAGACAUGUGCAGUCUGCUGCUACAGCACGGGGCAGACGUCAACUGUAAUGAACAUGAUUAUGGAUACACAGCCCUCAUGUUUGCUGGACUCUCAGGAAAGACAGACAUAACCUCCAUGAUGCUGGAUGCGGGUGCAGAGACAGACCUGGUCAAUUCAGUAGGUCGCACGGCUGCUCAGAUGGCUGCUUUCGUGGGUAAAGAAGUGAUCGCCUUAAACUUCUUUCACACAGGCCAGCAUGACUGUGUGACAGUGAUCAACAACUUCUUCUCUCGAGCGCGGCUGGAGUACUACACUAGACCCCAGGGGCUGGAGCGAGAAGCCAAACUGCCUCCCAAACUGGCUGGACCUCUUCACAAGAUCAUCAUGACCUCCAACCUCAACCCUGUCAAGCUGGUGAUGCUGGUCAGGGAGAACCCUCUGCUGGUGGACGUGGGAGCAUUAGAGAAGUGUUACCAUGUCAUGGACCUGCUGUGUGAGCAGUGUGUGAAGCAGCAGGAUAUGAAUGAAGUCCUGGCCAUGAAGAUGCACUACAUUAGCUAUGUGCUGCAGAAAUGCAUGGCCUUCCUUCUGGACCGUGAUGACAAGCUAGAUGUGCUCAUCAAGAGCCUGUUGAAGGGGAGGGAUGGAGAUGGUUUUCCUCAGUACCAGGAGAAGUUCAUUCGAGACUGCAUCAGGAAGUUUCCCUACUGUGAAGCCGCACUUCUACAGCAGCUGGUCAGGAGCAUCGCACCAGUGGAGAUUGGUAACGACCCGACAGCGUUCUCGGUGCUAACCCAGGCUCUCACGGGUAAGAUGGCCUUCAUAGACGCUGAGUUCUGUGCUACGUGUGGAGAGAGGGGGGCCGAGAAGCGAUGCUCCCUCUGCAAAAUGGUGACGUACUGUGGCCUGAUGUGUCAGCGUCUCCACUGGUUCACCCAUAAGAAGAUCUGUAAAGGACUGCAGGAGAAGGAUGCCCCGAGGCUGAGGGAGCUCAAUGAUGAGGAGUGUGACAUGGUGAAGGAGACAGCCAGCUUCCUGGCAGAGCUGUGUUUGAAGGCAGAGGAGCGCAUGGUGUCAUCAGGGUGUCCCGGUCCCUCAGCGCCAGACCAGCUGAACAGCCCCUCCACAUCCUCAGAGGGACCACCAUCCUGCCACCAGGAAUGAGAAGGACUGCUGGUGUUCUUUUCUACCGGGUAGUUAAUUGAUUCAUUGAUGAAUGUUACUGAUUGGCCAGAGUUCAGUGAUAUUAAUAAUAACGUUUUAUUGAAUAUUAAACUGAAUUGAUUCCAUUCACCUGAUGUCUGAGGUCUGAAUCAGUCCCUGGUUAAAGGAGAAGGAUAAACAAAAUCAGCAGUACUACUGAUUGGCCAUGAUGUCCAGAUUAGAAAGGAGCUAGUGGGGAUGAAUGCUUUACCCAACAGGCGCUGGACUGGAGUCUAAGGAAGGAUUGUUACUAUGGAGCCAAUGAGGUCUAUUUGGCUAGGGGAGGCUGAAGUAUACAGCGUGUGCAUAUGAUGUACAGCCUAUUGGCUGCAUUUAUACAGGCAGACCAAUUCUGAUAUUUUGCCAAUAACUGGUCUUUUAACAAGUCAGAUCAGAUCUUUGGCCAAUAAUUGGGCAAAUGAUCACAAUUGGGCUGCCGGUGUAAAUGCAGCCAUUGACUUGUAUUUGUAUUAGCUUUGGUGUUCUUUUCUUGUUUGUCUGUUUGAGCAAAUUCCUUCUCUUAUUUAAAAUGUAAGCCUUGAAUAUUCUUUAAUUAAUGUCUUGAAAUAACAAUUUCAUCCCUCACUGUAGUAAUUUAAAAAAUGCACUCUCAUGUUGAAAUGGGACCACCUUAUUGAACAAUACAUGUCAUAUUACUAUUAUUUAGGUAUGGCCAUGAGUAGAAAACACAAUAUUAAGGGCUUUUUCAUGCUUUAUUGUUAAGUUGUGUAUUCCUGUUAUAAUUUGAACAUUAUAUUAUCAUUAUUUUUAUGUUCUUUUUGUUGACACGGAUGUCUUACCAGUGAUGUAUCAAUACCAUUCCAUGUCACAGAGUAGAAGGAUGAUCCAAUAAUGAUCUGACUUUAAUGCUGGCAAACCCUUUACACCUAUGUGGCUUUUGUGUUGGUUGACAGUUUUACAUUUUUAAUUAUGUCAAUAAAGAGUGCCUUAAUAAUUCUC